AGCUUGUACACGUAACAAUAAUUUUUGUCUUCAUAAUUCCUUUCAGUCCGUGAAUUAACUGAUUUCUUCAUUGGAAUAGUAUUUUUUACUUUCCAUAAUAUUCACCUCAACAGAGCUGGAAGUUUAACGAUCACAGCAUUUUGGUUGGUACGUUUAUGUAACUACAGCUACUGAUAACCCCAAGGAUCACUUCAUCAACGAAGCACUGAGUGUUAAACACCUAAUUCUUAUUUCUUCCAAAAUAAAAACUAAAAUGAAUAUUAUCCCUUGGAUUUUUACGUUAACUGCAAUGUCUUUGGCACAAGAUUUGGAAAUUAAUAAUAAAUGUUCUUACACCAUGGGAAAAGCAGUUUUCGUGUGUUCUGGUCUGCAAAAUAUUACACAUAAUAUUGACACAUUUAUUACACCUCAUACACGAAUGCUCGUUAUAAAAAACAGUGAUGAAAUAAUUUUUCCCACUUAUUAUCACAAUGCCACUAACUAUGCACACCUUGUAAAUUAUAACAUAAUAGACAACAACGCUUUAAAUAUAAAUGAAUGUGCAUUUUAUGGUCUAUCAAACCUGCAGUACAUGAAAAUUACAGGAAAUUUUUUACAUACUUUGAAAAAUCGUUCAUUUUGUGGAUUAAAUAAGCUGGAAUUGUUGAACUUAUCCCAGAAUAAUAUCACUCGAUUCAAUGCAAAUACGUUUACAGGUUUACAAGCUUUACUAACACUAGAUUUGGCAAAAAAUAAUAUAAAAGUGUUAUCGUCAAACGUAUUUAUUGAAUUGAUGUAUUUAAAGAUAUUGCAUUUAGAACACAAUAAUAUUCAACAACUGCAAAAAAAUUGUUUCUUAGGAUUAGUGCAUUUAGAAAUUCUAGACUUAAGGUUUAACGCAAUUCAAAUUAUAAGAGCGGAAGAUUUCAAUAUUUUGCAUGAACUGAAUUCUUUAUAUUUAAGCUUCAAUCAAAUAUCAGUAAUUACAGGUGAUUUAAAACUAAAGAAAUUAUCAUUUCUGUCUAUUGAUCAUAACAAUCUAGCACAAAUUGAAGAUAAUACACUAAAGUAUGUCAUAAACAUUCAGAGCAUUGACAUGUCUUAUAACAAUCUCUCUAAUUUAACUGAUACAAUUUUUUGCCAUCUUUCAUCAUUAAAACAUUUAAAUUUAAAAAAUAAUAAUAUCAACACGAAUUUUAGUACUUUACAAAAGAAUGUGUCAGUUAUAUUAUAAUGUAAUGAUAAUGACUUUCAAGCAUAUAAGAAAUUUUAUUUUAUACACCGAUAUAUGUAUAAUAAAUAUAUUAAGCUUAAUUGAAGUAAAAAAAUAAUUAUUCCUUUUUGACGUCCAGUAAAAAAAGUGAACGCAUUUAACUCUUUAUCUUUACAAAGUAGGUAGGUAUGUACAACAUAUGUUCAGUUCCUCAGAUUAAAUGCUUGAAAAAACUACCAUAAUUUUUUCACGGAUAUGGAGAGUGCAGACCUAAGGAAAUUAUUUUAAUUAAUUAAUUAUUUAAAUAAAUUGAUCACCAGCUCUAGUACAAUUGCAGUUGAUUUGAAUUUUGUAAGUUUAAAUUCUAAUACUAAUCAGUAAUCAUUCAACUGGUUCCAAGGUUCAAAUUCUUAACCCUACUAAUUGUAUUAUUGUAUAUAUCAAAUUUCUGUUUCAAAUAAAAAGCUGUUUUUCUUGAAAUGAAUUUUGCAGUUUCAUUAGUUUAUUAGGACAUGAAAAAUAAUUAUAAUCAACUCGUGAGUAAUAAGGUAAUUUUUUUCACUUGUGGAUUUGCUCACUCACCUACAACUCAUGCCGGAAAAUGUCCUCCCAUGAAAAAAAGAUAUACAUACUUUACUCACUUGUUACAUAAUAAUUAUUUCUGGGCCUCCGUCAUUUUUCUUAGUGGUUUACAAUGCCCCUUUCCGGCUGGAAAAUCGCGUUUUGCGAAUUUUAGUAAAUACUACUAGUUAUGAUUUAGUUUUUAAUUUCUUGCCUAUUAAAUGCCUGUUAAUUAAAAAAAAAAAGCCAAAACCUUACGGCGUCACGAAAAUACGAUUCUUCAAUUAAAAUUCCAACGCCAUUUAAGUGCCGAUAAAAUUUUCUUAUUAGACAGGAUAAACGUCACAUAAAGAAAAAACUGAAUCCUUCACGCUUGGCCCGUGAUAAGGGCGAGUCGCUCCCCAAAAAAAUGGUUUUCAGGAAGUAAGUCUUGGAGUUUAGAAAGUGGUGUCCUCCAUCAAUAAUAAUUAAAAUCAUCAUAAAGCCGUAACUUCCCAACAUAAAUUUGAGUCACUUGGAAUCCUAUGAUUUCUAUUUUAUUUAUUAUUAGUUAUAUUGUCAUCUAUUAUUAGAGAUGUAAUAAUACCCGACACUUUACCUUAUUUAAAAAAAGAAAAAACAUGUGGUCAACUGAUCAAGAUUUUACAGCCUACUCUACCGACUUUACUAAAAAACUCCAAUAUUGUCUUGGAGGCAGCACCAAAAUGAGCUCUGCAUUAUGGUUUUGGUAAUCAUCACAAAAUCUUAAGAGUUUUCACUUUAAAUUAAAAUUACUUAAUUUAUUGGAAAAACAAAAUUAAGUUGUGUCCCCUUGUCAUAAUUUAAGUACACAAAUACAUCAAACUUAACGUUUUAACUACAAUCAUAUAAAAUAUAGUCAGAAAAAUUAAAUAAUGUUGGCACGUUAUAAAUUAAUUAUGUUAGUA